AUGUCAACGAAACUACCGUCCCUACAGGAUGACGAGCGUUUUGCGCUGAUGAAGUUUCGGCGCCAGAUGGCUGACAUACUAAAACCGGAGCACGAUGAUUACUAUCUACUACGCUGGCUGCGAGCACGCCAGUGGAAUCCGGAUGCAGCGGAGAAGAUGCUGCGCGACUCGAUGAAAUUCCGCGAGCGCUGGAAUACAGAUGAGAUCGCCAAGUGGCCGACGCCGCAGAUCCUGCGCGACUACAGCCCGCACGGUGUGUCCGGCUACGACAAGGAGGGUUCGCCGAUCAUCAUCAUCCCGUUCGCCGGGUUUGACAUCUGGGGCCUGCUGCACAGCGUGUCCCGGGCCGACAUCAUCCGCAUGACGAUGCAGGCGCUCGAGGGCUACAUGCAGCUGGCGUACGAGCAGAGCCGCAAGACGAACGAUCCGGCCAGCCGGCAGUUUGUGGUCGUGUUCGAUAUGGACAACUUCAACCUGAAGCAGUACAUCUGGCGGCCGGCGAGCGAGGUCGUGAUUUCGCUGAUCAAAAUGUACGAGGCGAACUAUCCGGAGAUCCUCAAGUGCUGCUACAUCAUCAACGCACCGAAGGUGUUCGCGUUCGCGUACAACAUGGUGAAGAAGUUCCUGGGCGAGUACACGAUCGACAAGAUCCGGAUCUACAAGCCGGACCGGAGCAAGUGGCUGCCGGCGAUUCUGGAGCGGUGCGACGCGGACCAGAUUCCGGCGUACUUUGGCGGUACGCAGACCGAUCCGGAUGGCAAUGUGCGGUGCGAGAAGAAGAUCUGCUGGGGUGGUAAGGUGCCGAAGGAGCUGUACACCUCGAAGGAGGACAGCUUCAACAACAAUCUGUCGUUCACCGAGACGGAGAUCCGGAAGGGUAGCAAGCUGAAGCUGACCUUUGACUGCGAGGAUGCGGGCUGCUUUUUGAAAUGGGAAUUCCGUACGUACGACAGUGACAUCAAGUUCGGUGUCAAGUGUGUCAACAAGAAGACGGACGAAGCGAUCAUCGAGGUGCCCCUGAAGCGGGUGUCCUCCCACCAAGUGGACGAGUCCGGUUUCAUCACCUGCCAGCCGGGAUGCACCUAUCACGUUCUGUUCGACAACUCGUACUCGUACUUCAAGACGAAGAAGAUACGCUACUCGGUGCUCAUGACGGCGCCCCUGAGCGAUGUCGAGCAAACGAUGGCUCCGGUUGCGGUAACGGAAGAGCUGGUACCGGAAACGGAAGCCGGCGGUGAAGAUUGAACG